GGGAGCCAGUGGUAACGCGCGGCCUGGCGAUGUGCUCACAUUGAUGAUGUCUCCAUUACAGGCGGAAUAAAGGAUUAGGCGGUUUACAAGAUGGAGGAGGAUGAGGGCUUCGCUGAACCGAGGUGAGUAGAGAGCCCGCGCUGAGCUCUGAGGGGCUGAGUGCCGGAGGGCGGAGGGCCAGGAUGGAGCGAGGUCAGGGGGCCCCCCCAGUCAGAGCCGGGUCAGGGGCCCCCCAGAUGCUGUGUCCGCAUUGGAGGCUUCUAUAAUAAUCCUAGAUAUCCCUGUUACCCUCUGACUGUCUCAGCUCCCCGUUGCCGGGUCCCCCCUGUAGUCCCAUGCUCAGUGGCGGAGGUCCCCCGCUGUAGUCCCCAUGCUCAGUGGCGGAGGUCCCCCCCUGUCCCCCCCUGUAGUCCCAUGCUCAGUGGCGGAGGUCCCCCCUGUCCCCCCCUGUAGUCCCCAUGCUCAGUGGCGGAGGUCCCCCCCUGUAGUCCCAUGCUCAGUGGCCGAGGUCCCCCCCUGUCCCCCCCUGUAGUCCCAUGCUCAGGUGGCGCGGGUCCCCUGUAGUCCCCAUGCUCAGUGGCGGAGGUCCCCUGUAGUCCCCAUGCUCAGUGGCGGAGGUCCCCCUGUAGUCCCAUGCUCGGUGACGGAGGUCCCCUGUGGUCCAUGCUCGGUGGCGGAGGUCCCCCUGCUUCAGUCCCCAUGCUCCAGUGGCGGGUCCCCUGUAGUCCCCCCAUGCUCUCAGUGGCGGAGGUCCCCCUGUAGUCCCCAUGCUCAGUGGCGGAGGUCCCCUGUAGUCCCCCAUGUCGGUGGCGGGUCCCCUGUAGUCCCCAUGCUCAGUGUGGAGGUCCCCUGUAGUCCCAUGCUCAGUGGCGGAGGUCCCCCCCUGUAGUCCCCAUGCUCGGUGGUCCCCUGUAGUCCCUACCAUGCUCAGUGGCGGGUCCCCCCUGUGGUCCCAUGCUCGGUGGCAGGUCCCCCUGUAGUCCCAUGCUCGGUGGCGGGGUCCCCUGUAGUCCCCAUGCUCCAGUGUGGGGGUCCCCUGUAGUCCCCACAUGCUCAGUGGCGGGUCCCUGUAGUCCCCAUGUGCUCAGUGGCGGGUCCCCUGUAGUCCCCAUGUGCUCGGUGGCAGGUCCCCCCUGUAGUCCCAUGCUCAGUGUGGAGGUCCCCUGUAGUCCCAUGCUCAGUGGCCGGGGUCCCCCCUGUCCCCCCCUGUAGUCCCAUGCUCGGUGGCGGGGUCCCCCUGUAGUCCCCAUGCUCGGUGGCGGGUCCCCUGUAGUCCCAUGCUCAGUGGCGGAGGUCCCCCCUGUGGUCCCCAUGCUCAGUGGCGGAGGUCCCCUGUAGUCCCAUGCUCAGUGGCGGGGUCCCCUGUAGUCCCCAUGCUCGGUGGCGGAGGGUCCCCCUGUAGUCCCCAUGCUCAGUGGCGGAGGUCCCCCCCUGUAGUCCCAUGCUUGGUGGCGGAGGUCCCCCACCAGAUCCCUUCAGUGGCGGAGGUCCCCUGUAGUCCCAUGCUCAGUGGCGGAGGUCCCCCCUGUAGUCCCCAUGCUCAGUGGCGGAGGUCCCCCCCUGUAGUCCCCAUGCUCAGUGGCGGAGGUCCCCCCCUGUAGUCCCCAUGCUCAGUGGCGGAGGUCCCCCCCUGUAGUCCCAUGCUCAGUGGCCGAGGUCCCCCCCUGUCCCCCCCUGUAGUCCCAUGCUCAGUGGCGGGGGGGGUCCCCCCUGUAGUCCAUGCUCGGUCCCUGUUGGCCCUAUAGGCCUAUCUGGUCCCCAGGGAUCUCUGAGGGGAUCACUGUCUCCUAAAACUUUGUAAACUACAUUUCCCAUCAUCCUGUAAGGCAGGUUAAGGUUCAUGGGGGAAUGAAGUUGUUCCAUCAGUGAGGGAUAAAUCACCAGGCGCUGGUAAUGUGUUCAUUUCUAGAAUUUACUACAUUGUGUUAUUAUACAAAUUGUUACAGGGGAUUUCAGGCCAGGCUCUCUGUGUAUUGUGCAUACAGUAUAAUACAGGUUAUUACAGUACCUUUACUGGAUCUGUGUAUUGUGCAUACAGUAUAAUACAGGUUAUUACAGUACCUUUACUGGAUCUCUGUGUAUUGUGCAUACAGUAUAAUACAGGUUAUUACAGUACCUUUACUGGAUCUCUGUGUAUUGUGCAUACAGUAUAAUACAGGUUAUUACAGUACCUUUACUGGAUCUCUGUGUAUUGUGCAUACAGUAUAAUACAGGUUAUUACAGUACCUUUACUGGAUCUGUGUAUUGUGCAUACAGUAUAAUACAGGUUAUUACAGUACCUUUACUGGAUCUCUGUGUAUUGUGCAUACAGUAUAAUACAGGUUAUUACAGUACCUUUACUGGAUCUCUGUGUAUUGUGCAUACAGUAUAAUACAGGUUAUUACAGUACCUUUACUGGAUCUCUGUGUAUUGUGCAUACAGUAUAAUACAGGUUAUUACAGUACCUUUACUGGAUCUCUGUGUAUUGUGCAUACAGUAUAACACAGGUUAUUACAGUACCUUUACUGGAUCUCUGUGUAUUGUGCAUACAGUAUAACACAGGUUAUCACAGUACCUGUACUGGAUCUGUGUAUUGUGCGUAUAAUACAGGUUAUCACAGUACCUUUACUGGAUCUCUGUGUAUUGUGCAUACAGUAUAAUACAGGUUAUCACAGUACCUGUACUGGAUCUGUGUAUUGUGCGUAUAAUACAGGUUAUCACAGUACCUGUACUGGAUCUGUGUAUUGUGCGUAUAAUACAGGUUAUCACAGUACCUGUACUGGAUCUGUGUAUUGUGCGUAUAAUACAGGUUAUCACAGUACCUUUACUGGAUCUCUGUGUAUUGUGCAUACAGUAUAAUACAGGUUAUCACAGUACCUGUACUGGAUCUGUGUAUUGUGCGUAUAAUACAGGUUAUCACAGUACCUUUACUGGAUCCCUGUGUCUUGUACAUAUAAUGCAGAGUUUUACAGUACCUUUUACUGGCUAGCUCUCUGUGUAUUGUGCUUAUAGAGUAUCACAGUACCUUUACUGGAUCUGGAUUAUUUAGGCACUGACCUUGCAUACAUUUUAUUUAUUUCUACAGGAUUAUUCACAAAACUCUGAAAUGUAGGAAAUGAAAGCUUGAUUUGGUGGAUUUAAAUAAAUUCGUUAGCUCUGCUAUAAUCUCAAUUUGGUUAAUUUAUUUUUAAUUUAGUGAUUAAUGCCCAGUUUUUCUGUUUUUUUCUUUUCACACUCCAUGAGGUUUUUUUUUUUUUGCAUGUUUUGUGCUCCUGCUCCAUUUUCUUAUUUAUAAAACAGAUGGGCAACAUUUAAAAAAAACACUUUUUUUUUUUUUUUUUGCCAAAUGUUCCAUCUGUUUUUAUUCCUUUUUUCGAUUUUGAUAAUUUUUUUGCUAUUUUUUUUUUUUUUAUUCCUGAUGAUUUUACUGUUAAUUAUUUACAAAACAUGACAUAUGUUUAAUAUUAAUAGGAAAACACCUUUUGUAAUUAAAUCUUUUUAUCUCCGCUUAAAGGAACACUAUGGUGUUAGGAACCCCUUUCCCGCGCCCCCUCCCUCCCCAUAGUGUCCCUUUAAACUAGGUUAUCAGCCAGGACUUACAGGGAUAAUAUAGGCACUCAGACCAUUUCAUCUCAUUGACAUGGUCUGGGGACAGUGUCCCUGUCUUCUUAACCCUGCCAUUAAAUGCGCUUCCAGCAUGUUCACAGGGUUUAACUCUGUGAAACAACAUUGGAUGUCCUCAGGCAUGUAUGAGGACGUUCAGCAUCUUCAAAAUGCAGAUUGGGAAGUAAUGCUUUCCUAUUGGGAAGGUCUAAUGCGCAAAGCCGGGUAGGUUCUCCCGUUACUGUGACGUUGAUGGAAUAGGAGACAGAUCCAGAACUGAGGGCCCUUAGCACUGGAAUCAUGUAAGUGGGGAGGGAAGGGGUUUUUAACACUUUCAAGUAAGAGGGCAGGCAGUUACAUUAUAGCCUUAGGAAUAGUUUUGUUCCUUUAAACGUUACUCGCCUCUGCAGGCCUGAAAGGUUAAAGGAAAACUAUAGUCACCUAAAUUACUUUAGCUAAAUAAAGCAGUUUUAGUGUAUAGAUCAUUCCCCUGCACUUUCACUGCUCAAUUCACUGUCAUUUAGGAGUUAAAUCAAUUUGUUUCUGUUUAUGCAGCCCUAGCCACACCUCCCCUGGCUAUGAUUGACAGAGCCUGCAUGAAAAAAAAAACUGGUUUCACUUUCAAACAGAUGUAAUUUACCUUAAAUAAUUGUAUCUCAAUCUCUAAAUUGAACUUUAAUCACAUACAGGAGGCUCUUGCAGGGUCUAGCAAGCUAUUAACAUAGCAGGGGAUAAGAAAAUCUUAAUUAAACAGAACUUGCAAUAAAGAAAGCCUAAAUAGGGCUCUCUUUACAGGAAGUGUUUAUGGAAGGCUGUGCAAGUCACAUGCAGGGAGGUGUGACUAGGGUUCAUAAACAAAGGGAUUUAACUCCUAAAUGGCAGAGGAUUGAGCAGUGAGGCUGCAGGGGCAUGUUCUAUACGCCAAAACUGCUUCAUUAAGCUAAAGUUGUUCAGGUGACUAUAGUGUCCCUUUAAUGUCAUGCACACCAGGGAUACAUUUCUGUUUGUAAGGUCUAAAUUUUCACUCUCCAAUGCCUAGUGAUAUUUGAGCAUGCCUGAAAGCUGAUAUGUGAGUUUUAGGGGGCCUUUGCAAAAUGUGAUACCUCCAUUUAGGGACCAGUGGCCGUUGUGGUGCUGUCAAAGGUACCUGAAGCUGCCUUUCACAUCCACCACCAUGUUCAUCAGGGGAGCUCUCUUAAUCUCUUGGUGCCUCAUCUGUGGUGUACUCCCAGAAGCCUCAAAGAUGACAUUUUGUGAUGAUCAUGCUAGCUAGACCAUGCCUGAAUCCAACAACCAUCACUUGGACAAAAGUUGAAUAUGUUGGAGCUCAGCCUUUUGUUAACCUUAGACUUGUCCAUAAGACAAAGGAAUCCUACUUUGUUAUAUAGAAUAUUUUUAUUGCAAUUUAAAUCUCAAUUAAAUUUAACUCUGUCAGGAUCCGGUUUUUAUAAAAAUGAUAUCAUUAUGGAAUAUUAAAAAGUAACAGAGCUGCUUUAAACAUUGAGGAAACUUUGGCUGAAAUUUUUGCACAUAGUUUCCCGUGUAUAUUGUACUUUACUUUAUUCUGAGAGCAGUGUGUUCAUCCUUAUCGACAUUAGCCAUGUACUGGAUCACUUCCAGUUUCUGUAUUGGUGUGACUAGUGGGUGUUUGGGGGAGAUAAUGAAGGUAUAUUCUGGAGUAUUCCGGGAAGUGAGUAAUUCCCAGGUCUUGUGAUAGUUUGUUUUACCAGCUCAUGGUGAGUCAGUCUGUCUGGUUACAGUGACACAUGGCACAGCUCUGUAUUACACCACACAUAGCUCUGCCACAGGGCAGGGUCCCCAGUGAGCUCGGCACUGAGCAUGUGCAGUACACAUUGGUAAACAUCCCUGAGGGCAGGCCGCAGCCUGCAGGCAGCCUUCCAGCUAGUGUAGGACUCCUGCUCCCAGGAUGCUUUGCCAGCCAAUAGGAUGGCCAAGCAGCAUGGGAGGAAUACUUACUGCUUGAUCUUACUUUUAAGAGUGUUUAUUCGCUCCUGUUGUCCGUGCUCACCCCCCUCCCCCCCGAUCCCGUAUUAACACUUUAAUGAAAACGUAUUCACCUAUCGUGCAUUCCGAGCAAGUGGUCCCUUUUAUUAUGUUAGGACAUCGGUGUGUGAAUAAAUCUACAGAGACUGAGAAAGCACGACGCCUCUCAUUGACUUAUGGCUGCCUGUGUAUGAUAGGAGUUGUAAUGUAUUGGAGGGGGUAGUUAAGCGGUGCAUGGUCCUGAUCAUAUAAUCCUAUAGAAUAAAUAGAUCGAGGAUUUAUAUUCCACCCCUUCUGUCUGGUUACAAUGUGUCAGCGUAGAACGUUGGUGACAGGUGAGGGUCUUUCUCUGGGGGGGGGUUGCAGUGCCCCCUGGCUGCAGGGUGCAGUAACUGCUACCUGUGUCCGAGCUUUUCUAGCGGCUGCAGGGUGAUCCUGUAAAGCCGGCUCAGGCAGAUUAGACGAGAGACAGACAGGUGGUGAGUCAGCUUUACAACCCGGUCAUGCUCAGACAUGCACCGUACUUGCUGAGGAUCUAGCCUCGACUUGUCUGUCAGCUCUCAUUUAAAGGGACUGGGAGCUGCAAAGCUGCACUUUAGGCAGAGAGCUGGGGAAGGCUCCUGGACAGAAGCACUUUAUCAUAUUCUCUGUAUUUAGUAAAGGUAAGAUAUAUUGAUGCUUAGCUACCCUCCUGUCAGUCUGACAUGUCAUUUCAGGAUGAUUUCUUACAGGGAGCUCUUGCUACUUAUUAUCAACGUUAUUUCUAAGUAUUUUAUGUCUUGGCUUUUAUUUGUAAAUUGCCUGCAUCCUAAUACAUUUAAUGCAUGUUUUAUAUUCAAUUUUAACCUAAAAAAAUUAUUGUUGAUUGUAAUAAACUGAUGUCUGUUACAGGCAAACGUGCAAUAUGAAUAUAUCGUCCACUACAGAUUGUUUAGAAAGCACUCAGAUAAUGGCUUCAGAGCAAGAAACAUUGGUAUGUGUUAUAUUGACUUGUUUAUCAGUUGACAGACCUGCAUGCUUUAUUUUUGUUUUUAAGGCCAUCUUAUGUCACUUUGCUGUCAGCCUGUUGUCAGGAAAACCACCAGUCAUCCUAUAAUAAAUGCAUUUUUUUCCCCUAGGUAAAACCAACACCACUUCUGCUAAAACUAUUGAAAUCUGCAGGUGCACAAACUGAGAUAUUUACAAUGAAGGAGGUGAGCAUUAGUACACAUUUUAUUAAAAUCCUUAGAGAUGCAACAUACACCAGUGGUUCCCAGCCUGGGGCCCCAGCCCCUUGGGUUCACCAGUUAGUUCCCAAGUGUCAGGACCUGUUGGGGGCUCUGAUCUGAUGAAAGAUCUCUUCUGGCGAGCCAUCUCAGGUAAGUGCUGUAAGAUAGUGAGCAGUGUUUCCCUUCUCUAUUGGCAAAUACUAUUUUCAUUCAUCCUCUUCUAAUUUGGCAUUUGUGUCAUGAGCAAUUGGUACACUAUGACAUCCCAUCAUUAACCCACACAGGAGUAUAGAACUGCCCAAUAAGUUUCACUGCCACUCGAAGGUAGAAAUAGCCAACUAUUAUAAAUAUCGAGAAUGACGCCAUCUUUCUGGGCCUGAAUUGUAGACAAUCAGAAGAGAGGCUGAAAUACCAAAAUUAAUGUUGAGGAAAAUCUUCAGAAAAGCAGAUUUUGUUUGAAAAAGCAGGCAGAGUAGUUCAAAAGAAUGAGAAGAGAGGUGUGAUGGAAGAGGUGCAGAGUGGAAAGAGAGAGGGUCUGCCUUUCGAAAAAGAGGAAAGCAUGGAAAAGAUAACCUGUACGUAGAGGUGGAGAGCAUGCGAAUGUUGAAAAAGAUGUUGAGAGCGAUGGACACAUAUUGGGUAGACCAUGUGAGUGAAAGUGAGCACGUGGAAGAACAAAGGGUGGAGAGACAGCCGAGUGAGAGAACGAAGAUUGGUGUUACAGAUUGUAAGUGCCUGCUUACUCAGAGUAAGAGUCUGAGUCUAAAGUGACCUUUUAUCACAUGGACCAAUCCAUAUGUUCUUGAGACCUACUCAGGUUGGGAACCACUGAAACACACAUUAAUUUCAAACUGUACUGUGUCUUAUUGUAGUUAUUGCAUUGUUUCCGUACUUGCGCUGUAGGUUAUAUACCAUCUUGGUCAGUACAUUAAGGCCAAGCAGUUGUAUGACGAGAAGCAACAGCAUAUUGUCCACUGCUCCAAUGAUCCUCUAGGAGAACUAUUUGGGGUACAAAGCUUUUCUGUAAAAGAACCCAGGUAAUUAACAUAAUGAAUAUGUACUAUUUAAUGUAACUCUAUAGUGGGGUGCUUUUCUGUUUUUUGUUUUUUUUUCUUUUGCUCAAAUCAGUUUAAACGGCUUUUAUGUCUUCUGUCACACUGUCAUGCUCUGUAAAUUGUUAAAAUCUUUGUUGUGGACGGUAUUUAAAAACAUAAUUUAUUUUUUAUUUACUUUUCCCCUAGGAGGCUGUAUGCAAUGAUUUCUAAGAAUCUGAUAACCCCAGCUUCACAAGGCAAGUUAUUAAGUAUUUAAUCGGCAUUCUCUUAUGCUCAGUUUUUUUUUUUUUUUUUUCCUAGAAUUGCUAGCACAAUAAAACUUUUUUUUUUUUUUCAUAAAGGAGCCAGGUGUAGUAAAAUGUUAUCAUAGUUUCAAAAAGGAUGUAAUUAUUUGCUUGUACGUUUUUUGCUUUCAGCCCUGUUUUUUCUAUUCCCCCCCCCCCAUUACUGCAAACAUUAUAUGAGUAACAUACGUGUAUAGCAAAUACUUGCAUUUUGGGACAAUAUUGUGACUCAGUGCUAUAAGUAAAUUUUGGGUUGUUUUUUUUUGUGUACACAGUUGCAGGGAAAAUAUUGCUGGUAUAGGAAUACUGAUUUUAGUGUUUCACUCACUGCACUUGUGGGGUAUGUUAAAGUACCACUAUAGGCACCCAGACCACUUCAGCUUAAUGAAGUGGUCUGGGUGCCAGGUCCAGCUAGAUUUAACCCUUUCUAUAAACAUAGCAGUUUCAGAGAAUCCAGCCUCUAGUGGCUGUCUCAUUGACAGCCGCUAGAGGUGCUUCCGUGCUUCUCACUGUGAUUUUCACAGUGAGAAGACGCCAGCGUCCGUAGGAAAGCAUUGAGAAUGCUUUCGUAUGGACUGGUUGAAUGCGCGCGGCUCCUGCCACGCAUGCGCAUUCAGCCGAUGACCUGGCUAUAAAGGGGGAGGAGAGUCCCCUGCCCGGCGCUGGAGAAAGAGGUAAGUUUAACCCUUAUACCACCCCCUAGAGCCCAGCGGGAGGGGGACCCUGAGGGUGGGGGCACCCUCAGGGCACUAUAGUGCUAUGAAAACGAGUGUUUUUCCUGGCACUAUAGUGUUACUUUAACUAGACUCCUGGGGGUAUUAUGACACAAUACUUGAUUUUUUUCAUCAAACACUCCUAUAGAAACUGUUCUUUUUUUUUUUUUUUUAAAGUUGUUAACCAGGCCGGAACCCUAAAUAUCUGGACCUAAGUGGUUGAGCACCAUGAGUUAUAUUUGGCACCUUUAUUUACCAGACCAUAUGUAUUUGUAGAUUUGCACCUCUCCUUGCAUGUAAACCAAGUGAAACUUGCAAUUAUUUUAACAGUAUUGGGGCGUGUCCGAAAUCAUAACUAUAAUGGGCUUUAGGAUGUACUACUAACAUGUCAUUCGGUUUUGGUGGGAGCAGGGUUAAAUCCCUACUCACACCUUGUUGUUCCAGGUAUUAAUUGUUACCCGGGGCUCCCCUCUGUCAACUGGGGCCAUUUUUAGUGGCCCCAGAGCUUUUGAGGAGCUGCAAGCAGCUCUUUAAAUGCGUAAUAGUGUAGUAUAGCCGAGUUAAAGCGUCUCUGGCACCUUAAACUUGCUUUUCUCCUAUUUCAUUUUAUCUUCCCAUUUUCUUUAUUUCUCAUCUAGUUCUCUUUAAGACAAAGUGGGGGAAUACUUUAUGUAUUUUUUCUACACUUGGCAGUCUUGACAAAGGGUGGAGCUUAAGGCACGUCACAUUUGUCGUGUGUAGGAAAAAUACAUAAGACACAGUCCCUACUUUGUCUGUUUUUAAAGAGACAUUCAGACAGAGUUCAGACAUUAAGAAAAUAAGAAUAGAUUCUUAAAGAGGAAGAGAAGAGGAAAAAAUAGGAGAAAGGUGAGCUUAAGGUGACAUACCCACUUUAAAUUCCUGCAUACAUCAGAAACUCUGGUAUCAAUGGAUACCUAUGGCCGUUUUUUCCCCAGACCGUGUGAUGAGCUUUGUGCAGCGCUGGAAGUGAGCGCUUUGUAGAGCCCUUAAAAUUUAUUCAGUCCACCACGACUGAGAGAUUGCGCUCAGCCGCUGUUUCUGGGCUGCAGGCUGCUGAAGGGAGACAUCACAGACUUUAAAUAGACACAAACCGGGUCUCCCUGCCAGUCCCCAACCGACUGUAAUCGGUGCUGGGCCUUGCCAGCCGCCUUGCACUAAUCACAGUGUAAUCCUAUGAGAAGUUCAAUUCAUAAUAACAUAGAAUUCAAUGCAUUGUGCCAAUCAGUAUCUCCUCAUUGAUAUGCGUUAGAUUAGUGCAUCUCUACAGGGAGAGCUCUAUGGCUUUUACCUGGUAGAUGAUGCCACAGCUUGCAAUAAAAAUCUAUUGCACUAUGGGAUUGACCACAUGCUUUUGUGGGGGUGGGGGUUGUUGCAGUCUAUUGAGAUUAGUGGGAGUGAUAUUAUCAGAAAACAGCUGUUGUGUGCAGCUGCCACCAAUAAUCCCUCCUCUCUCCAUUACUGACAUUCCAGGUACUGUUUGGAAAUACAUGAUUCUCUCUCUAUUGGUCCUCUUUUCCUAUGUUAUUAGUCCGUUCUCAGAAUACUCUUGUGACCUGUUUUUUGCUCUCUAUUAGUAUAGAAAACAUGGUGGAUCUGGUAAUCCUACAAAUAGGUGACGUUUAGUAGAAUAGCCAAUCUCAGACAGGCUGAGAUGUAUUCUCCUGCGCUACCACAAGCGUAAAGGAGCCCUAGGCCUGAACUUGAAAAUUAACUUAACAGCAAUGUGUAAAUUAUAAAAUGCCAUCUCGAGGUUUAGCAGUUGACUUCCUUCUCAUAGUUUAUUACUUGGUCUCCAGAGUUGUAAGUUAUGCAAGUUGUGAAAUGCGACAUACAGUGACAUACAUGUCCAGGCCUGCCCCAGAUUAGUGUGAAUUACAUUUGGGUGCUCUGGAGACAUUCGUAAAGUCUACCAUUGUGCUCGUGGUUUAUUGUGAUGUCUCCAGAAUAUCACUGUGACUUUAUUUUAUUUGUGUUUUUGCUUCUUUUUGUGCACGGAUGGAUUGAUAAAUUGACCUAAACAAAGCACAUUUACUGCAAGUGUCAAUAUGAAGUAUAGCACUACAACACAGUAAUUGUUUCACUGGUUUCAUAGACGUCUCUUGUAUUGCUAGUGACCUCCAGGGGCUAACGGAAGAACAAAGUGUCCUAUUGUGUAUUUGUUUUUAUUAUUUGUGAAUAUCUGUUAUGUUCAAGAAAUGAAAGUCUAGUUAGCGAAUUGGCAAACUGCCUGGAUUGGAGAAUCUUUCAACAAAUGUGAUGUUUAUCAGUUAUAUUACUGUGCUCACAUGAAAAUAUAUGCUUAAAGAACCACUAUAGUGCCAGGAAAACAUACACUUUUUUUUUUUUUUUUACUGGCACUAUAGUGCCCUCAGGGUGCCCCCACCCUCAGGGUCCCACUCCAGUUGCGCUGAGGGGGGAGGAAGGGGUUAAUCCCUUACCUCUUUUCCAGUACCGGGCAGGGAGCUCUCCUCCUCCACUCCUCCCUCUUCUCCUCCUCUUCGGCUGAAUGCGCAUGCGCGGCAGGAGCCGCACGCAUUCAACCAAUCCAUAGGAAAGCAUUCACAAUGCUUUCCUUUGGAUGCUGGCGUCUUCUCACUGUUUUUUUUUAAUUUUUUUUCCCACAGUGAGAAGCGCGGAAGCCCUCUAGCGGCUGUCAAUGAGACAGCGACUAGAGGCUGGAUUAACCCUAAUAUAAACAUAGCAGUUUCUCUGAAACUGCUAUGUUUAUAGAAAGGAUUAAAUCUAGCUGGACCUGGCACCCAGACCACUUCAUUAAGCUGCAGUGGUCUGGGUGCCUAUAGUGGUCCUUUAACAAUGGACAUGUUGAAACAUCCAAUGUCGAACAUCAUGUGUUCUCUUGUGUAUCAUAUCAGCUAGCAGAUAGUAUGAGACAACACUUGAUUAUUCAUUAAAAGGAAUAGUCCGAUCAUGAUAACUUUAUCAGAAUUAAGUGGUUACGGUGUGAGGAUGUCCCUGGGUGCCAACUUAUCUCAGGGGUUAAACCAUCAAUGAACCGUUUAACCCUAAAGUCUUGGUGUACGUUAGCUCUUCCCACAAACUUCUGUUGCAGGCUUGAGUCGGGAAGCGUCAAUUAGAACUUCUGCCAAGAGUAAUUUACAUUUCUGACAGACCAGGAAUGUGCCUGAAUUAAAAAUAAAAAUAUACUGUGUGUGUGUAUAUAUUAUAUUGCUGAAAUGUGAAUGUAUUCAGAUUUCGUCAAUAGCCUUAUUUUCCAUUACUAUAUACAUACAACACUGACCCAUGCUCAGUACAUGUGUAUUGUUGUUUAUUUAAAAUCAGCCCUGGAAAGAAAUUAAAGCCUAUCUAAGGUUUAUAGGUUAACGAAUAGCCUUGGUAGUGAAUCAUGAAACAUGCAGUCAUUUUAUGUUUAGAUCUGGAGUAAUGCAGGAACCAAGGUAGUCGUUGCUGAGAGUACCUCAACACCUUGCUGUAACUUUUGUAGUCCCGGAGCAGCUUGCAUUUUGCCCCCACUGGAAGGAUGACCCAUUUUGUCAUCGCUUAACCCCUUAAGGACCAAACUUCUGGAAUAAAAGGGAAUCAUGACAUGUCAUGUAUCCUUAAGGAGUUAAAGUCCUAUCCUACAUAUUGAGAUUUAAGAACAAAGAGAUCUGUGUAAUCUAUCACAAAAAUGUCCACUGUAAUCCUUACUUUUUGGUCAUUUUACCCCACUCCCUCUAGCAUGUAAGCUCAUUGAGCAGGGCCCUCAACCCCUCUGUUCCUGUGUGUCCAACUUGUCUGGUUACAACUAGAGGUCUGUUCGUCCACCCAUUGUAAGCGCUGCGGAAUUUGACGGUGCAUAAUAAUAAUAAUAAUAAUAAUAAUAAUAAUAGGCUGGCUAGCAGAAAUUUACCCCUAGUGAGUAUGAUAAGGCUUGCUCUGGAGAGUAACUUCUUUUUUUUUUUUUUUGUGACUAGUAGCAUAUGACUUUAAAUUUUAAGUUCAGUGUGUUUAUGUAUAUGUGUCUAUAUAGUGUAUUCAGACCCCUUCAUUUAAUUUACAUUAUUUUAUGCUACAAUUGUUUAUAUAUAUUUUUUCUCUCCCCUCAUCAGUUACACUCAAUAGCCCAUAAUUACAAAGUAAAAGUCAAACUACUUUCUCAAGGACCACUCUUUUGUUGUCUUGAUUGUGUAAUUAGAGUCCUUGUUGGAAGGUCAACCUUUGGCCUAGUCUGAGGUCCUGGGUGCUGUGGAGUAGGUUUUCAUGAAGGUUAUCUCUGUAUCUUGCAACAUUCAGCUGUCCCUCAACCCUACCCAGUCUGCUUGUCCCUGAUGCUGAAAACAGCCCUAAACCUGAUGCUACCACCUCCAUGCCUCACUGUUGGUAUGGUAUUGAUUGGGUGAUGAGUGGUGCCUGGUUUUCCCCAGACAUGACACCUUUUUGAGGCCAAAUUACUUAAUCUUUGUUCCAUCAGACUAGAAAAUCUUGUUGUUUUUCACAGUCUAAGAAUCCUUUAGGUGCUUUUAAAAAAAAAAAAAUAUUAUUUAUUUAUUGCAAAUUCAAAGUGGGCUUUUAUGUCUCUUGCAGCGAGUAGAGCCUUCCAUCUGGCUAGUCUGCUGUAACUGCAGCCGGCUCCCCUAUUUACAACUAUAGCCUCUUAAAGCAUAGAAUUUAGCAGAAAUAACCGUACAGAUAUCAAAGAUAUAUUAUACAGUUAGUAAGAAUUCCUCUAUUUACAAUAUAUAAAUAAUUGAAUACAAUAUAAAAUAGAGCUUUUAUUGGCAGCAAUAAAGUUUUUUUCUUUUCUUUUUAAAAAUAUUUUGUUAAAUAUUAAUAUAGACCUAUAAAAUAAUCCAUUACAAUAAUUUAUAGCAGAUUAAAGAAUAUGCUUGCAAUAUAUCUGUAAAAUAGAAUACCAUACCCUCUUGAACAUGUCAACCUCUGUCAUGAUAAAAUGGAGCAACAUCUCUGCAUCCAAAAUUAUCUCCCCUGUGCCCCAAUAUUAAUAAGUAAACAUUUUAUACCGUAUAUUUUCAAUAGGGUCAUGUUAGGACCUACUUUAACUUGGAAAAGAUACAAGGCCAUGAGCAUUAAAUCCAUUUCACAAGGGAACAUCUUAAUAAGUGUGUUUUCAUUACCUAGACAUCUUAUCCACGUUUAGACUAAAACAUAAGGGUAUACAUGACAUGGGAAAUUCCCUGACUUGUUACAUUAACCUAGGACAAAAUGUCAUCCUAAAGUCUGAACACCAUAUUCACUAAAUAUGGGUAAGAGGUCAUUUAUUAAAAAAACAUUGUAAGAAAAAUGUUCAAUUUCUAACAACUCAGUUUAAGAAAUAAGUUUCAUGCUAAAAAUAUGUUUAUUUGCAUAUGCCCAUAACAGUCAUAAAGUUCCAGGUUGGUGGAGUGUUGCAGUGAUGGUUAUCCUUCUGGAGCUCAUCCAUAGUGACCAUCUGGCUCCUGGGCACCACUCUUAUCGAGGCUCUUCUCCCCCAAUUGAUUCUGGUUGUUCCAGGCUUUAUUUUUUUUAAGAAUUAUGGGAACUUACAAUGCAGCCCUAAUUUUUUUUUUUUUUUGGCCUUCCCCAGGUGUGCCAUGACAGUUCUGUCUCUGAGCUCUGCAUUUAGGUCAUUUGCUUUGACAUGCAUUUACAGUUGUGAGACCUUAUAUGGACAGGUGUGUGCCUUUCCAAAUUAUGUCCAGUCAGACUUUUAACACAGUUAAACUCCAAUCGUAGUGUAUAUCUCAGCCACAAGCUAGAGGACCGGAUACAGCCACUUGCCUCACGGUGGCCAAGCAGCCACCUACCCAAGCAGCGGCCUUCAACCCGGCUGAAUGCUCCACAGAUCCUGGACGGGCCCCAUCAUGGCGGCGGACCAGGCAGUGCACUCGACCCCAGCGCAGGAGAGACGAAGACACAUGGCGCAACAGAGCAGCAUAACUCGACUGGCUCAUUCACCCCACCUAAAGGUGCCUGGGACCACAAAGCUGCAAAAUACUGCUCCGCAACAGCUCCAGACACGACAGACAGACCAGCCCCUUCUACCGACGAUUGGGCACAUAGACCCGCACUGCUGUGCUGUAAUACAGAAAUACAGAAUUUCCACGAUGGGCAUCAGCUGCAUGCAAAACCAGCCUGGGCAACCAAAUCUGUCAGACGUUUUACUGCCCAUCAACACACUCCUGGCGAUUCCUGGAAAUGGGAAUCUGCUGAAUGGUGACUCUCUGACAGACAUGGGCCUGAUGUCUAGUAUUUAAGCUCCAAAAGUAUUAGAUAGCCACCAUUAGAUCUGUCUCACACCAAUUUUCUUCUGCAUGCCAUGCUCUAUUGUUAUAAUGUUGGGUUUGUUCUGUUUUUGUUUUUCUUUUUUAUUCUUUGCUUUCCCUUUAUUAGCUCUCAUUGUGCAGGGAGCCGUAGAGGGGUGAACUUCUGGCUCUGGCAGUAACCGUCAUUAAGUAGACCUAGCUGCUCCCCAGCUCAUAUACUAGACACAAGUAGUAUUAAGCAGAGGCGAGUGUGAUUAGCUUGACUGUCUCUUAAAGGUUUUCAUAAAAACGUGUAACUUACUCAGCUGCUAAGGUAACCCCCUUUGCUGCCACUACCAAACACUGGAUUGCAUAUUACAGGACCACGCUAUGGUUGUCACCGGCCCGGGGCCUACUACUGUCUCCCAUCGUUAUGUACCAUUCCUACUAAUUAGUCUACGACCUUCUUAGCCAUAGCUCUGUAUGCCUUAACUAAUUGUUAAAAGCAAGUCUUGUGAUAUAAACUACUGUUCUGAACAUGUUUCCUCCAUUACAUACAAAUGUGCUGCCUGAAAUGCCAUGAAAAUGAUUAUAUUGCUUGCUUCAGCUGUUGUGGCGAAGUGAACCUGUUUGUUAUCCUCAGCACAACAAAAUAAAGAAUAAAAAAAAAAAAAUAGAAGCAUAAAAUACAAAUAAAGCGUAUACACUAGAAGGCUUCCUCAGUUUGUAAGUUGUCUAUCAUUACCAACUGAGGAAGCCUUAUGUAUAGGCGAAACGUAGUUUGAUUCUAAGAUAUUUUAGGUUGUGCCUUGACACACAACCUUCAAGUGGUUUUUGGGCAAGCCCCUUGUCUGGCCCUCACUCAUGUGAGUGGAUUACCAUUUCCCCUGUGUAAGAGCUUCUCACAAACGGUCUGCACUAAUAUAUGCUGUUUUGCGCUUUCUAUUUCAUGAUUAACCCCUUAAGGACCAAACUUCUGGAUUAAAAGAGAAUCAUGACCUGUCACACAUGUCAUGUGUCCUUAAGGGGUUAAAUCUGACGGAAAAAGUCAUACUGGCAGAGGGGUAGCCAGUUUGCUGGCUCUGUUUUGAGUAUGUUUCAUUUCACAUUUAAUGGUUAUUAUACAUGUAUUUUUUUAUUUUUUAUUUUUUUUUUACUAUACUGAUUUGUUCUAUUUGUGUUAAUGUUUGCAGCAAAUUUGUCCCUUUAAGUGAUGGCUGUUUGAAUAUUAAUAUUAACGGUAUUUUUGCAGUAAAUUAUUUGUGUAGAACCAGCCCAUUAGAAGCCCUUGUGUAAUAAGAGGUUUUCAAGUGAUCAGUCCUGGCAAUCAAUGUUUGUUGCCAAGAGCAAGCAAGCUGUCAUGUAAUUGUACAUUAUGUAAGCCUUUUGAGAUUAACUUGAGAAAUGUAUAAAGUGCAAGCAGUCAAACUGUAAAUGCACUCAUAAGAGAAAAAGAGAGAAAUGGAGGAAGUAACUAGGACCAGAUGAAAAUGCAAAAAUGUGUAUUUAAUCAAUCAUUUCUACCUUUAAAUGCACACACCACCCUUUCUUCAGUAACAGUCUGUCUUGGUGUCCUCACAUAAACUAGUGGAGUUAAUCCACUAAACAAAUAAUUGUGUAGGACUGCAUGUUUUAUCCUAAAUUCCAAUUCACAACUCCCCAUCUUAUUGAUUAACUGUACAUAUUUGAUCAAAACAAAGUGUUUUUUUUUUUUUUUUUUUUAUUUCAAAGCCAGGCAUGCCAUCAGUGGGGACUGCGAUGCAUGCGAAUACUGUCAUAGCAUUAGUGACAAAGUUCCUACUUCCAAAUUAGUGAUAUGGAGUCCACCCAUGUUUAGAUGGAAUUCAUUGAGUGCAUGAAAUUUAAUAUACCUAUAUUGGGAAAUGGAGGUUGGACCAGGAGACCUAGACAUGCCAAAGCUUUACACUUGUACCCAAAAUCUUUUCUUGUGGUAGAAAAGAGUAUGUGUAUGUAUAUAAUUUUUAUAUAAUUAUUUAUUUAUUCUUAUGCCCAAACUAGCUUUCCGACCUGGAUUAAAUUGUGGAGUCAGAUUGAAAAAUACAUACGAUAAAUUAGUCCCUACUUUGUCUUAUGUUUUAAAGAAAGCUAGAACAGAUUCUGAGAGAGGAAGAUAAAUAGGAGAAAAGGAAGUUCUGUGUGACUGUGCUGCUUUAAUUCCUGCCACCUCUGUAUAUUUCCUGUCUCUCAAAGUGUAAUCCGUUAAUUACAGCUACAAAUUGUCAGAUGUUUUCAGUUUUAUCAGAGGAUUUAUUGAUGCAGCUGUUUAUGGCAUUAUGAAUUAACUCGCGUUCUUUUUUUCCAGACUUUUCUGAAUCUAUAUCACGUGAAAAGGAAGCAUGCAGUGUCUCACACAAGCUUAAUACACAAAAGGUAUGAGUAUUUUUUUUGGGAAUGGGCUAUUUAAGCAACUUUCUCUAGUCAUCAAAUGUAACCAAUAUGAAGAAACCGUUUAAAAAUUAAGGGACACUAUAGGCACUAUAUGUGCUUCAUUUUAUUUAAGUAGGUAUAGUAUCUGGUGGCCCCUGGCACCAUUUUUUUUCAUUUCGCGUUAAACCGUUUUUGAUGGUUUAAUGCUAAACGAGAGUCCUUGGCAGUCCAUCCAUUCUGUAUUGCUAGAGCUAACGAGGAAGCAGUAGACUAAGCAGCAAUGAUUUUCUAUCACAGCUGCGCAUUGCCGGUAUGAAUUGGUAUGGCAAAAGAAGUGUGCAAUCUCUGCCUUUGACAUAUCUCCAAUGGGACCAUGCUGUGGUUUACCAGGAACAUUUAUUCAUUGUUGGACUGCUGGAAAACUGGAAUAGAGGGACAGUACCAAGGGACUGCAUGUACUAUAGCCAGUUCAAUUAGAUGAAAGGGUAUAGUGUCCUUUUUAGAAAUCAAAAUAUGAACAUAUUCUGUUUUGCUGCUUUUUAUUUCAUGUUAAGAAAUUUCACUUCAGUUUUGGCACCAUUAUUUUUAGUGUUGAAGCCAAGUUCAAAAUAUAUUUUCUUACUUACACGAUUUGAAAAUUAAAACCGAUACGCUGUUAUUGAAAUAUUUAUUUUUGAUACACAGGAAUUUACACAAGGUAUACAAGAAAAGCUAACAUCUCCUGCAUCUACUACAAGAUCGAGUAGCUCAUCUCAGCGAAAAAUCAACAGUGAAACAGGUAGUUAUUCAAUUUCAUGUUAUGUUUGUGAAUGGGAAGUUAAUGUGAUAAUGAGUCUACAGUGUAGACAUCUUUAAGUCCAUGCCGUUCAAGACAUAAUGACCGUUCCUAACGGUGGCAAGAGUUUAAAGUGCAAGGGCUCAAAAUGUUUACUCGCCACUGGUGAGGAAAUAUAAUCUCUGCUGCAGCCUCUGGUUACCAGACUUUAGCAUCAGAGUUCCAGGUAGAUGCUAACCCAGGUCAACUGGGCUUAUUCUGGUACACCAAGGCAAUGCUAACCAUUGACUUGCACAGUAGUGAUGGUUGAGAUCUCAUGAUGAUUUCCUAUGUCAAGACAAUGUAAAAUGCUAAGUAGCUGUUCUUCUAUAUACUAACUCAAGUAUAGUGUGGUGCCUCUGCACUCUCACAAUAUAUCAGUGAUGAGGGACUCUCCAGGUAGUAAUAAAGAUUAAUAUUUGAGCACCUGUGUGACAAUUUGCUAUAGCGAAAUACCAAUAAAAACAACCUCUUUGUUCAUACACACAGACCUCUACAACUAAUUUGUGACACUGCAUACAGGCACACAUCCCUGCAUCAAACAAAAUGGCGUUUGUGGUAGAAAGUAACCUUUAUGCUUGGCUAGUAAACUUGCCAAAUAAACUUCACAUAUUGGGGAAAUUUAUUAAGACAAAAAUGGGUGCGCUUUUUUUUGGUGCAAAGAGACAUUCUUUAUCCAUGGUGAUUGCUUCUAAUUUAGCAUUUUGCCCUAGAAUGGUAUUUGUUUUUUCCAUUGAUUAAAUAUGCUUCGUAAGGUUCUGCUCUACCUGAAAUAUUAGUUUUGCAGAAGCAUCUUGUUUACACUAGUUUGUGUUCCAAUAGUAUUUAUUGUACUUGUUAAUAUGACUUUGAGUCAGGUUUUUUAUUUUUCUUUAGGUGCGUUAACUGCAAUAUGGUAUUUUAAUUGCCUGUAUGAGACUUUCAAUAAGUAAUGUCAACACAAUAUUUUGUAUUUGUAUAGAAGAGAAUUUUGGAAACGAUUCACCUACUGAUCAACAAAGAAGGCGACAUAAAUCCGAUAGUAUUUCACUAACAUUUGAUGAAAGUCUUUCGUGGUGGGUGAUAAGCGGUUUACGCUGCGAUAGAAAUAACAGUGAAUCCACAGAUACUCCCUCUACUCCUGUAAGUAAAAAGUGGAAGAGUACAUGUUUAAUGCACUAAUUGUGUAAUUAUGGAAAAAAAAUUAUUUUUGAAUACGAAAUAUGAGAGCUCUUCUUGUGGGUUUUACGUGACAUGCAAGAACCAUGUGUUUGUCUGCCAAACAAUAUGAAGAAAUGCAAACCAAGUAAUUAAAAAUGUAGUGCGUUUUUCUCACUGAAGAAAUAACCCCUCAAAUUAUUCUAUAGCAGGUGUCUGUUGCGUGAUGUGAGCCUUCUUUUGUAGAUCCCUGUAAAAUUUGAGUUUAAUAACAAAUGUUAUUAAUUUAUGUGAUAGGCAUAAGGCUAUCCUAGCUAUAAGAUAAGGCCAGGGACUAAUGAAAGUAUUUUUGAACAUUGGGCAGACUAGAUGGGCUGAAUGGUUAUCUGCCAUCACAUUCUAUGUUUCUAUGUAAUUUGCUCAAAUUCUAAUUCAAUUCUUAAUUAAGAAUCCACAUCAGUGGCCAUUUCUAGACUGUCAGGUUUACAUUGCUUUUUAGCAAGUUUUGCAGAUUUGGCUGAUUUGCAGGGCCAACCAGUCUGCAAAAAUACGUAUGGGAUGGAAUGAAGUAUUUUCAGAUAACUGCAUUUGAUGACAGUAGGACUUUUUACAGGUUUGGGAUUGGAGUCUGAGGGUUUACUGUGAUAUGGAUGCAGAUUCUGUUCAGUUACGAAAUGUGAAAUGAGUUAUGUAAAAUGGCGUGCUUUUCCUCUUGUUACGUUCCCUAUGCUAUUAAUAAUGUUUUUUGUGUUUUUAAAACAUACAUAAUCUUGACUUGUUGCUUUUUCUUUCUGUUUCAACAAGGAUUUGCAGUUAUUGCAUAUUAUAUUUAUAUAAUAUAUGUAUUCUGUAGUUGAUUUCAAAUGCUACUCUUUUGUGCAGUUUGCAGGGCAAGUGUUUCAUUCAAUGUUCUACAUCAGGGGUGGCCAAAGGUAGAUCCACAGAUGUUGUAGAACUACACCUCCCUUGAUGCUUUGCCAGUCUUAAGAAUAUCUAACUUUGGCCUCCCCUGCUCUACAUCAUUGUUACCAGUUGUGAAAUUUCCUUCAGGUAAUGUAGAUCUUGCAUGCCUUACUGCAGGACAUUUAUUGAUGUUGUGCUUGGGAGGUAAUGUAAAUAUAUGUGUGUUCAAUAAUGGUUUGUUUGUUUUUCUUCAAUUAGGCAAUUGAUAUACCACCUGCAAGUGAAAACUCUGAAUAUUUGGACUCUGAUUCUGACCAAUUCAGUGUUGAGUUUGAGGUUGAGUCUAUAUACUCGGAUGAUUACAGUCCUAGUGGAGAUGAAAAUGGACUUACAGAUGAAGGUGAUGAUGACAUGAAUGAUGAGGUAUGAUACAGCAGGUUCUGGAUAAUUUCAUGUUCUGUAUGAAGUGAUUGCAGUAUGUUUUACCUAAAUAAUUUAUUCUACUAGUCCUUCAUGUCACAGUUGUCAUGUGAUGGCAUGGUAAUUAUAGAUCCAGUAUAAAUAAAAAGCCAGCCAAGAGCCUGAGUUAUCAGCAGCCAAAAAACCCUCCACAAAACCUAUAAAAAUACUUGGAGAAUCUUCACUCUCAAUGGAGCUGUUUUGGGGGGCAGCAGUCACUUGGCAUCUUCUUACCUUAAGCUAUUGAACUGUUUUCCGACUCUCUUUAAUACCAGUUAGUUCUCUGGGUACCUGUUUGCACUGCCUCCUGGGCUUGCCUGUUGUACUCUUAGGAAAUUAUUUUCUUGGGCACCGCUGAUGGGAUAUGAUUAUCAGUUCCUUUAGUUAGUUAGGAUCUCACUAGCUCAAAUAUCACCUGAAAGAAAUGGACUGUGUGGAUUCCAGAACACCAAGUAAUCAAGGAAGGCUGAGGCGUGGCCUUCACUCAUUCUGUACAGUGACUUUAAAGGCACCCAAACCACUUAAUUUCAAUAAAAUGGUCUGUUUGCUAUGCCUCCCUCAUUUAUUCCCUACAGUGUAAACAAUAUUUAGUGUCACACUGACAGCCAAUACAGGUGCUUCAGCAGAAAUGGCCAAGUAAAACUCUAUUUCUAUCAGAUGGUCUCUGAUAUUGGUGUUCCUAAUGCUAUAGUGUUCCUUAAACCGUUGUACUGAGGUAGCUGAUAGGUUAUUAUACCAGGAGAAGCCAAACCAUGUUCCUCCUUCAUCCCGAAGCAGUGACUAAAAGAUGGACAAGGCGGAAGAAAUCUUCAGCACCAUCAAGAUAUGGACUGUGAUGAUCUGAAAGUUUGCAAAAGCAUGUAUAUGUUCGGUGUUUGUCACAUGAUUCAGUGUCCUCAUUCCUUCACUAGCAGUAUAUCCAUUGGUUCUGUUCAUGUCAUGUCAGUGGAAGCACUUGAGGCUUGUUUGAUCACCUGGGAGCUGAUCCCUAUUGAUUCCUGUAGAGAAGCCAAAGCUCAGUGUAUCUUAAGUAAUUUCUUGUGUGUUCUUUUGUCUUUAAAUUGAAUGGUGUCCAGUAAGGAAUCUGAUCACUUUGCACCAAUAUUGUAAACUAAAUGACACCCUUUAUUGUAUUGUUUAUUGCUUUAGACAGCUUAAUCAUUUUGUUUUCUUUAACUUAGGUUUACCAAGUGACAAUAUAUCAGGCUGAAGAUAGCAACACUGACUCUUUCGAUGAAGAUACUGAAAUUUCAGAAGCUGUAAGUAAAAGAUUUUUGUUUAACGUCCAAACUAUUCUUCUAAUAUCUCUAAUAGUGCCUUUGUGGUAAUUAUUAUCUGUGCUGUGUGUGCCUAUUCAUACAGUUCCGCAUAUCUCUCCAUUGUGUGUAAAAACUAAUGCAAAAAGCAAGGUGAACAGGGAUAUAAAUUAAUUAUAUUUAUUUAUUUUAGGAUUACUGGAAGUGCAUAAAAUGCAACGAGGUUAAUCCUCCUCUUCCCAGUCAUUGCCCUAGAUGCUGGUCUCUCCGUAAGGAUUGGCUUCCUGAUCAAAAUAAAAACAAAGAUCAAAUCUUGAAGAGGAAAACUAUGGCAGGAACUGAAGAAAAUGAAGGCUUUGAUGUUCCUGACGGUAAAAAGGCAAAACUUUCAGGCUCUCUGGAAUCAGGUGUUGGGAAACUGGAGGACGAAGGCAUACAAAGUUCAGAAUCGCAGGAAGCGGAGGACUUUUCUCAGCCAUCCACGUCUGGCAGCAUAGCGUCUUGCAGUCAAGAGGAAUCCAAAGAUAGUGAACGCGAUGAAAGUGCGGAGUCAACACUUCCUUUAUCAAGUGCUGAGCCAUGCGUUAUUUGUCAGACGAGACCCAAAAAUGGCUGCAUUAUUCACGGAAGAACAGGCCAUCUAAUGGCAUGCUUUUCUUGUGCAAGAAAGCUCAAAAGGAGAAACAAACCGUGUCCAGUGUGCAGGCAACCAAUUCAGAUGAUUGUGUUAACCUACUUCAGCUAGAAAACAUUUGCCGACAGGACACUUUAUACAGGAAUUAAGGACAAAUCUGCAUAUACAAAGUGUGUGUGGGUGGGUGUGUGCGUGUGUAUGUCUGUCUAUUUUGCUACAACCAUAUACGCUUUUUUGUUUUAUAUUCACUGUAUACAGGGCACACAGUUAAAACGCCAUUACUGAAAAUAGGACCCAUUUGUGAAUAUUUAGCAAAAAGGUAAAAUAUAAUCUGAGUUUUGUGCUAUCACCUUUUUCAUUCUGUCAAUAUGCACAGUGUAUGAAGUGACAAUACACUGAGGUGAUUUUUAAGCUGCAUUGGUUUAUAUUUUUGGAUUUUAGCACAUGUAUUUCCCUUUUUAUUGUUUGUAUUUUUGCGCGUAUGUAUAUGUUAAUAUAUUUUUAACUUAUGGUAGAUUACAAAAGUUAUAUUUGGCAAAUUCAAUGUUUGGACCUAUGCUGUGUGUGGCACUUUAAAUGGCUUUUCAAAAAUUUGGAGACCGUAUGAUGUUUGUUUGGAACCUUAAGGUACAUACUUUUUUCACAUGUGGUGGAAUCACACACAGGCCCAACUGAGCGAGCUAUAGCCCCAGUUGUUGUACAUUGUAUCAGAAAAACAUGUUUCUUCUUUUUUUUUUUUUUAUUUUUUUUUUUUUAUUUAUUUUCCUAAUUUGCAGUAAAAAUUUAAUGAAAUGAAUUGAAGAUUAGAGAAAAUGUAGGAACUAUGCUUAAUUUAUCCAGUUAACUGUACAUCUUUAAAGAACAUCCAAUAAAAAUAAUAUUGGAGGAAGUUCUUAUUCACAGACUCGGUGCUAAGCUUUUCCCGAACUACAACUACAUACUGUCCACCCCUUGUAUUUUAGGAAGGUUUAAUUUUAUUUGCACCUCCCUUUUGGCACAGAUCCAUUUUCACCGAGCUCCAUGAAUAUUAUUGCUACUGCAGACGAACAUGAGCGUAGUGACAGAAGGUAAUCUGAAGCUCUGAUUACUACAUUGUUUCUUUCCACCGCUAGAUAGAUGGAUAUUCCACCCACCAUAUUCAUUAAAAUCUUCAGGUCACUCAUAUAAAGGGUUGUACCGGUCAAAUAUGUGUAUCAUUCUUGGGGAGUAAAUGUUUACUAGUUUCUAAAUCCUGACAGAAUAUUAUGAUUUUAAGAUUUAUUUUUUUCCAGGCAUCUUAAAUUCCACCUUUUGAAAAAGAAACAUUUAUUUGCUUUAUCACCGAAUUCUUGUUGGUGGUCAUAUUGAGCGUAUUCACAAAUCUAUUAUAUGUGAAGAACUGGUAAAAGGAAAGUAAAUUUCAGGAUUAAAGCGUGAAAUUGGAAAAAUUGAAUAGUUGGGGAGUUUUUCAGGCCUGUCUAUUUGGGCCAAAGUUUGCAAUGACUUUGUCAUUCCCUUUUAGUGAACAAUCUCUAUAUAUUCAUAUUCUUCUUUGAUUUUCUAGAGUGCAUAUCUGUUCAUCACAUACGAACAGACAUGUCACUGACAAUAUAACAAUUUCAGAACAUAAGUUUAUCAACAUUAAUCUGUCAUUUUAGUCUUCUAUAUAUGUCAUUUAAAAGCUUGAAUAAAGUGAAAUGAUGUCCUUAUAAAUAUAUUGUAUUGCCCAUUAACCUGGUAUUUGCUUCAGAUUCACAUUUUUAUCAAUCUUUAGUUGAAGUUCUGCAAUAUUUAUUUGCUACGCUUACUAUGUAAUGUGUUGCUCCAAAGUUUGGAGGAGUUAUACUAUAUAACUGGAGUGAAAGUAUUUGUCGUGUGCACUUCAUAAUGUAUGUAUGUUUGUUUUACUUGUAUGUGUUGAUAGUCAUUAACGUUACCUUGCUUGUUCUCUACAUGUCGGUUUUCCUUGAUGGGUAGUGUGUGUCCUAUGCAGAAUAUAAUCUUUCAGUGCCUUAUCGUAACCAUUCCUGAAGACCCAUUGGUUGCACCUGUUGAUGGACUCAGUCUGGAUACGGAAAUGUCCUCUUAACACUUUGCAGAACGAAUUACAGCUCCAUGUGCCAAUUACACUCCUUAAAAGACAUUUCUCUGAUACUAAAAUAUGUGCUGUAGCUACCUCUGUUCCAGUUUGCAUCCUUGUAAUAUGAAGUGUGUCCUGUCUGGUAACAAUGCAACCUAUUUUACAAAUUUCAAUAUAUUUACAAAAUUUAUGUAAACUGCUUAUCAUUCUCAUUGUAUUGUGCUCUUUUUUUUUUCUGUUUUUUUUUUUUGUUUGUUUUUUUUGCAUAUGUGUAACAAAUAUUCUAUAUAUUUAUUGGAAAAUGCCACCUAAUAUUUUAAGGUUUAUUCUUAUCAAAGUUUCGUGCUACAGUUUUCCUUCUUCUUACUCAUUUUCCGUGGCUGUGUGUAGCAGAAGUAGAGGCAUGUAUGGAAACAUACAGGAGUACCAUUGAUGUUUUCGUUAUAUAUAAUAUAUAUUCUAUACAGACACUCCUCAUUUACCGACCAGGUUCUGUUCCUACGACUCGUAGAACAAAUUGGUCUGUAAGUGAGGAGUUAAGGGAUUCCCUGCUCUGGUGCGUUUGCCUAUAUUUGGGGAAACUUCCCCGAACAUAGACGAAUGCACCAGACCAGGGAACCCCUAUAAUUUCCUUGAACGUAGAUUAGACGGAUUCCCUGCUCUUGUGCGUUCAUCUAUGUUAAGGAAGUUUCACUGAACAUAGACAUGUGCACCAGAACAGGGAAUCCCCACGACAGCUCGCACUUAUGCCUGGUCAUUAGUGUAAGCUGUCGUAAAACAGGUUGUUAAAUGAGGACCACCUGUAUUCACACACAUGCACAGACAUUGGUUCCUCUCCUUCUGUGUCAGCUUCACUUUACAGGCAAGGAUUGCAGCGAAUAUGACAUUUUAUCUCUCCCACACACUGUACAUAACAGCAUGUGCCUACAUUGGACAGGAAACAGUUUGUGUUGCCUUGUGCACAGAUAUCUUGCACACACAGGGUCCCAAGGGUUAGAAGGGCUUGCAGUGCUGAUGGUCUUCUAGAGCUCACUGGCAACUUCAUUUGAUCCCUGCCUUUCUCACGUAGGCAAACAUUCCUUCUUAGCGAGAAAGGAAACUAGAAUUACAUCCAGCUUCUAUUCUCUUAAUUUAAAAACAAAAUCCAAAUCAAACUUUCUUGCACGUAUAAAAGCCCCAAAGCUACUGGAUAUUGUUAGCUCCCUAUUUAUAGAUGAUUCCCUGUUCCUUGAACAUAUAGCUAAUCACUUGUCGGCUGUUAAAAUUCAGAUUAUUAAAGCUACAUGUAGUUCAGUAUAGAUAUUACUGCAGUUUCCAGAGGUGGUUUAACUUUGAAGUUUUGUUGUAAAAUCUUAUGGCUAUAACAUAUAUUGAAAAUAUACAAUGAGUUAAUGUCCAGUUUAGGCGUUAAACGCAAAGUUAUCCAAACAUGAUACAAUUCUAAAACUUUCAAUUCUAGCGGCCUCCUCACCACAGUCCAUUGUUUAGUGAAUAGACCUCUUCUUAUCCAUUUUUCCUUGUAGAAAAAUAUAAUCACUUUGUCAAAUGAGGUGCCUUUAAAUUGUGACUUUUAGUACCUAUGAGGUACUGAAAGAAUUUCUGCUGUUAUGCCUUAUUUACGAACUGUUGAAAAAGGCUUGUUUAAGGUUUUUGUUUUGUUUUUCAUCUAAUCUGUUCUCGAACUCAAGCUUCAUGAAAGCAGAACACCUAAAGGCCACCAUUAGUUACCAUUUUCAUUUUUUUGUUAUUUUUGUUUUCCUUUAUAAUCCACAUGUUUACACCAUUUCUUGGACUAUAACUACUUAAUCAUUAAUUAAAUGAACACCAGGCACCAUGAUUACUUUUUCUCACCCAAAUGGUUAUGGUCCUGACCCCUUCCCACUUCUUGAUUUUGUGUUUUUGUUUUUUUGUGUUAAUUAACAAUUCACUAAAGACUUUUAAGUAAUACAUCUAAUAUAAAUCUUCUUUUCCAUAAGUGAAAAUCCAAAAUGGCAAUUUCCAUAGAUAAUUUGGAUUGUAGACAUUUUGUUGAUUUUGUAAAUUUAUAUUUUUUAUUUUGGUUAACAGAAGUGAGUUGUCCAUUUGAAGUGCUUCUUAUUAAUUAUAAAAGUUAAUAAUUACCAUAUAAUCGUUUUAGCCCAAUUUGCUGCCAACUAUUUAUAGUUUUACAUAAAUAACUAUUUUUAUUUUAUUUGACUUUUGUUUUUUUGUAAAUGUGUAUGUACGGAUAUCUAUUUUUUUUCACAGUGAUACAUCACCUGCUUGAGGGCCACUUCAAACAGGAUUUAAAAGAAAAGUGUACAAUUCCUUAGACCAUGGCACUUUAUCUUGAUUGUUGAGGUUUGAAAUGUGAAAAAAAUAUUCAUGGAUUACUAUUUGAAGGGUAAUAAAAAAAGACUCAAAGACGACAAUUACUCAAAACAAUUAAGUAAAAUGCACUGUAUAUAAUUAUCAAAUAUUGUAACAUUUUGUGAAUUAUUUAAUUCCAAUAAAAAAAGUAAAAAAAAAAAAAAA